AUGGAGUCAUCUGCACGAAAGCGCAGUCGUAUUGCUGAUGACCAACGUUGUAUUUUGGAGAAAUUUUUUGACGAAGGGAUGGUUGGUACUGGCUCUAAAUAUAAAGAUAAAGUGGAUAAUGCAGUCAUGACUAACAAAAUUGCAGAUGAGUCCAAAGGAUUAUCGCACUCCGAAAAAAACAAGCUUGCUGCGGAAAAAUGGUCACAUCAAAACAGUGAUAAGAAAGAAAAGUACCAGGAAACUGCAAAGAUUAUUGUGCUGGAAAAUCUGGGAUGCCAAAUUUCAUCAUUGAUAGUAGACAACAUGGGAGUAGUUUUCCAAAUUGGGUCAAAUCAAGGUAACCAGUUAUUGUCAUGCAAUCCUGAAAUUGGCAUUAAAUUUCGAGAAUACUUUGGAAGCAGCAAUCGAAAAUAUCACCGAAAUGAUGUCCAAGACCUUUUUAACAAAAAAUACAGUGAAGCCGUUGGUAAAAACUGCAGAGUUCCUUACUCUAAAGGAGGAUUCAGCGUUAUUGGUCUCCUUGAAGGCAUAAGGUUCAAGAAGCCCUAUAACUAUGGGGCACAUCAACUUAGAAAAAUCAUGGAGUCUGCCGAUGAUAUAAAAUUUAUUAUCGACAAUAAUAGUGGAACCGACCAACAAUUAGCAGCACCUGCAGUCCCAUCAAAUGAAGACACGAUGAGUGAUGAUGUGAGAAGCCUUCUUACAAAGAUUUCAGGAUCAGAUGCUGCUGAAAGAGUGUUGACUGAUUCCCAUUCAACGAUUUUGGAAGAAGUGGAAGUCGUCGACUUAAUAUUGAAUUAAGAAGAGAGGUUGUUGUUGUACAGCUGUUCAAAGUACUUUUUGCCGGAUGCAUGGUUGGCUGUUGGUCAAAAUAUGCAGCACCCAAAUUGCACUGAGAAUCUACUUUUACCAGUGUACACUACAGCUGAGGAAAAAUUUUGGCUUUUCGUUUCAAACAAUAAUCCCUCACGAAUAGCGAUGUGCGUGUUUUUGACGAAAAUUAAAGGACAUUGGUUGGACCUGCAAGAAGAUGGCACUUACUCCACUGUACAAGAUGAUAUGAUUACAGGCAAGAAUCUCAUUCGUUCUGCGCAUGGUCCGCUGUAUUUCAUUUUAGGUGCAGG